AUGGCCGGUAAGAAAGCAAUUUCAGUCUCGCAAUUCGUCGAGCACUUCCGCCGUGCCUGGCUGGGUGCGCAGGGAAAACUUUAUUCUGGUCAAAGUCUCAAUCAAAAUGACUUCAAUAAGCUGCCUCGCAGGCUUGGCCUCGCCGUCAGUGGUGGGGCUGACUCCAUGGCCCUGGCAUUUCUUUGUCGGCAAUUAGAACGCUCGGCCUUGGCUGGGCCCAUUUCAGUCACCGCGUUUGUGGUAGACCAUCGUGCCCGUGCAGAGAGCAGCCAAGAGGCCCGAACUGUGGCCGGUUGGCUGACUGCAAUGGGCAUCAAAACAAAGAUUUUGGAGCUGGACUGGGCUUCUUUUGCAAAGCAAGACCGUUCAAGCCAGAAAGAAGGGAAAAUACCAUUGCCAUCUGCCUUCGAAACUCAUGCUCGUCAUCUGCGAUUCCAGGCACUUGGCACGGCCUGCCGUGACAGCGGAAUCGAUGCCUUACUUAUGGGUCAUCACCAGGAUGAUACAGUCGAGACCACCAUCUGGCGACUUAGCUCCGGAGGACGGGGUGCUGGCCUCUCGGGAAUUGCCGAAGUUGCUCGGAUCCCAGAGUGUCACGGCCUAUUUGGAGUCUCCGAGAGCGGUUCGUCAAUAAAGUUGACCCCCAAGCAGGGCGUUCAUCCUCGGGUACAAGUCCAAAUCGACGACAGAAAUAGAGGCAGCAUCGUUCUCAAUCCUAACGAAAGCGAAAAAAACACCAGCAGAAAACGAGCAGCAAACUCAUCUGUUUCGUCAUCUAGCACAGAAAAUCCAUCCACAUCCUCCGACAUCUCCGUCGCAACUGGUGGAAUUUAUAUCUGUCGCCCUCUCCUCUCCUUUCCCAAGACUAGUUUGCUGGAAACUUGCUACCAAAACAAAAUUCCAUACGUGUCUGAUCCAACCAACUUUGAUCCCACCCUAACUCCACGCAAUGCCAUUCGCAGCAUGCUCGCCUCCAAUUCUCUGCCGCGUGCAUUGCAGGCACCAUCUAUCCUCUCCCUGAUACGUUCAAGUCAAUCUUUUCUUCACAGCUCAACCGAAUUCUCCAAUCAACUUCUUUCAUCGAGGCUUCGUGUACUCGACUUUAAUUUGAAAGCAGGCACAAUGGUUCUUCAGAUUCUGGAUCUUCCUGCAUUCUUGGAUCCCCUGCAAUCUCAAUUGCCUGCCUUUCGCGUUUUCCAGAUUCAAUCUCUCACCCUACGUCGCAUCACCGAAAUAAUUUCUCCAUUCCAUGGGAAUCGCUUUUCGGUACGCAGCUACGACCCUUUUGUCUCCCAUGUAUUUCCGCAAGGCUCCCAUCGUGGAAAUGAAGACAAGGAGAAGGACGAUCCAUCAUCCCCUCUUCGGCAAAAUUUCACUUUAGGAGGCGUGAUGUUCCAGCCUCUUGCUUUGAAAUCCUCUGAAAGCCAGACGCCCGGUGGCAGGAACAUAUGGCGUCUAUCGCGUCAGCCAUUCUUCAAAAACAAAACCCCAGUCUCUCGGUUUGAUAUUCCCGUCCAGGAUUCAAAACAACGCAACUCUCAACCUGGCUCGAAAUCCUCUACAAGCUCUACGGCAUGGACCUUGUGGGAUGAUAGGUACUGGUUCCGAUUCAAAUUAACUCCGAGUGAGAAAAAUCGAAAAAGUCAGCCUGGCAAAACACGCAAUAUCACACUUGUCAUCCGGCCAUUUCAACAGUCUGAUCUCCCCAAGAUCCGCGCUGACCAUUUGAUGUCACCGGAAAUGAAAUGGGCACGAGGAAAGACCCCGGCAAUCACUCUGAACCUGCUCCGCAAGCUUCUCGCCGUUGAGGCUCCAGGGCCAACGCGCUUCACUAUUCCGUUACUGGCUGUGGAAAGACCCUGUGAGACGCAGCAACCGGCAAAUCAGGAAGCUGAGCAGCUUCUAGCUCUACCAACCCUUGAUUUCCGGUUGGAUGCUCUAUCAAAGAAAAGAGGCCCCAACACAAUCGAAUUCUCUUAUGGGGAAGAGAGAUGGAAAGUGACGUGGGACUGGAUGUACAAAAUGGUUGACAUUGAGGCAAUACGCCUUAUGGGCGGGCCUGUCAAAGCUGAAGCUGAAUCUGAUAGUGUACACAACGACCAGGUCUAG